AUGGCCUUUGGUGGUAUCCUUGAAGAUUCGCAUCUACCUCAUGUUCCGGGAACCGUCAUCCUCAAUGAGGAGGCGGCACAUUCUGAGAGCGUCACAGGUGGACUACGACAUGGUAUGGGGAGAAAUGCCGGAGUCGUUCUUGCUCCGCAGCCUUCCGAAGAUCCGAACGAUCCUCUCAACUGGUCUGAUACAAAGAAGAUCUCCAUCAUCUCGAUCCUCGCUUUCGAUGUCAUACUUUACGCAGGAACCGUAGGUCCACUGCUGAACGCUGGUCUUUCGACAAUCUCGCAUGACUUUGGAGUCCCGAUCGGUGAUAUCACCGUCAUCUCUGGUUACCAAUUGCUUGUCGCUGGUGCCUUCGGACCUUUGGUUUGCGCCUUCUCCAGGAAGUAUGGCAAGCGUCCGCUCUUCAUGCUCUGCUCUAUCUUGGGCGUUGUUGGGACUGUUAUUGGAUCGGCAUCAAACGGUCUCAAUGCGCUUCUUACUGCACGCGUGGUUCAAGGCUUCGCAAUCUCAGCUUACGAGUCGCUGGUCAUCACCGCAAUUGGCGACCUCUUUUUCGUGCAUGAGCGGGGCCUGUAUUCUUCGAUCAUCAACUUUCUACUCGCAGGCAUCUCGAAUUUCUCGAGUGUUAUCACAGUCACGAUCGUAUCCAACCUUGGUUGGAAGUAUCUGUUCCACAUUCUGUUGGCAUUUGUGGCCCUCCAACUCAUUCUUCUCAUCCUGUUUUGUCUGGAGACAACUUACAAUCGAGACAAAAGGUAUGAUACCGACGAGGUCGCAAAUGUGGAUCUCGAGAAGCUUGCGGAAGUCGAGCACCGAAACGACACGGAGCUGGAAAAGAGCGCAAGUUCCGCCACGAGAGCGAAGCCGGUCCCCCUUCCGAAGACAUUCAGACAGGAAUUGGCUAUUCUCACUGGUGUGUACACAGACGAGAAUCUGUUGCAGCUGGUGCUCGGAUCCUUCGCUGUCUGGACAAACUUCACCGCCGCCUGGGUCAUCAUUGCCGUCGGGGGUUCUACCGUUCUCUCCGUGGCAGUGGCCUUUGUGCUUGCGCAGAUCUUCACUUUGCCUCCAUAUAAUCUGACCGCUGCAGGCGUCGGAUACUUAUCUUUAGGACCGUUUGUCGGAUCCAUCAUUGGCUCCGUUAUCGCUUGGGGAUACAUGGCUGAACAGGGUAUCAACCUGUACGCUUGCGCAACAGUCCAUGGCAUCGUGCUGGUGGGAGUCGUCGCCAUCUGCACCGCGGCUACAGCAUAUGCCCUUGAUGCGUACCGGGAUAUGAGCAACGAGAUCUUCAUUGCAAUCAUGCUAUUCAAAAAUGUUGUACUCUACAGGUUCAGCGAGUUCGUCAACAACUGGACAGCGUUUGCUGGACCUUUUGUCGUCUACAGUGUCUUCGGUGGCAUUGGGCUAGCAUUAACGCUGGCAGCUAUCCCAGUCUACAUCUUUGGCAAACAAUACCGAAGUCUCUGGGCCCGCCAUAAUCUGCUCGAGCGGAUGGGUGUCAAGACACAUGCUGAAGUUUGA